GAGAAGCCACUUCUGCCAGCCCCGGCGCCUAUAAAUCGCAUUCCCUCCCGCGCCCCCCUUUUUAGCAUAUUUGAUCACUUUGAUUCUCUGUUCUUUUCUCUCCGCGGUGUGUGUGUGCGUGCGCGCGUGUGUGUUUUCUUCUCCUCCUCCUCCUCUCCCCGAGUUGCCUCCUUUCUCCGGGUGCCGUGCUGCCUUUUUUCCCCUCUUUCAUUCUUUCUCUCCGUCUUUUUCUCCCCCCUCUGCGCACGAAGGAUGUGCUUCUAGGUGGUGAUCUGCCCUCCUCUCUCUCUUUUAUCAUUUCUCCCCCGCCGCCGGCGAGUUGACUCUUUCCCUAUGUGUGUGAGGCGGCGGCGGCAGCAGCAGCAGCAACGGCUCCGGCGGCGGCAGCAGCGGCAGCAGCGACUUCAGCGGCGGCGGCGGCGCUAGACGCGGCGGCUCCGGGCCCGACCCGGCGGCUUCGGCGGCGGCUCCGGCGGCAGCGGCGGCCCGGGCGGCCCGCAGGGAACGGCGAGCGGCCUCCACCCAGCGACUGAGGGCGGCGGCGGCCGGAGAGAGCGAGGCGCGCGCCGGACGCCCGGGGCAGGCGGCGGCGGCGGCGGCCCAGCGCCAGGACGACGCCGCGCAGCGCCCGACGCGGACCACUUUCAUGCUGAUUCCCCCGGACCCGGGCAGCGCUCCGGCCACUCCGCGGGCCGCCGGCCUCCGCCCCGGCCUGCCUGGCUCCCUGGGCGCGCCCGCACCCGGCGCCUCCGAUCUCCUAGUCCUCUUGAUUUCGAUGGCUUUCCUGAAUGGCUGACUGUGGGCUGCCCUGGACUUGGCCCCCGGACAGUCGCCUCUCCUCCUCCUCUACCUCCUCCUUCACCACCACCUCCUCUUCCUCCUCCUCCUCCUCUUCCUCCUCCUCCUCCGCCAACUCCUCGGCUGCACACCAGCUCUAACAGCGAGAGAGUGAACGAGAGAGGGAGGGAGAGAGUGAGAGCGAGCAAGAUCUUUGGAGAGAUUUUUUUUUUUUUUUUUUUUUGCCUCCUACUUCUGUCUUGAAGCCAGACAAUCGACUUCAGCUCUCCCUCCCCUCCCUCUUUCUCCACGUUCUGCUCCCACUCGCUCUCCUGUCCCCUUCCCCUCCCCUCCCGGCGGAAAGCCCCCCGAAACCAACAAAGCUGAGCCGAGAGAAACAAACAAAACAAACACACCGGGCCAGACAAGCAAUCGACAAAACUUUGCAAAAGCAAAAACAAAAAAGGAAAAACUAACCAACCUCAACCAACCAGCCCCCGAGCCACCCGGGGCGCCCUCCCGCGCCCUCUUGCACCCUCGCACACACAAAAGGCGGCGCGCCGGAGCCCGAGACCCGGGGAGCCGCCGCCGCCCCGCCGCCGCCCGCAGCCAGGGGAGCAGGAAGUCCGGACGCGGCCCCUAUAGAUAUGGCAAUGGUAGUCAGCACGUGGCGCGACCCCCAGGACGAGGUGCCCGGCUCACAGGGCAGCCAGGCCUCGCAGGCGCCGCCCGUGCCCGGCCCGCCGCCCGGCGCCCCGCACACGCCACAGACGCCCGGCCAAGGGGGCCCAGCCAGCACGCCAGCCCAGACGGCGGCCGGUGGCCAGGGCGGCCCUGGCGGCCCGGGUAGCGACAAGCAGCAGCAGCAGCAACACAUCGAGUGCGUGGUGUGCGGGGACAAGUCGAGCGGCAAGCACUACGGCCAGUUCACGUGCGAGGGCUGCAAGAGCUUCUUCAAGCGCAGCGUGCGGAGGAACCUGAGCUACACGUGCCGCGCCAACCGGAACUGUCCCAUCGACCAGCACCAUCGCAACCAGUGCCAGUACUGCCGCCUCAAAAAGUGCCUCAAAGUGGGCAUGAGACGGGAAGCGGUGCAGAGGGGCAGGAUGCCGCCGACCCAGCCGACCCACGGGCAGUUCGCGCUGACCAACGGGGACCCCCUCAACUGCCAUUCGUACCUGUCCGGAUAUAUUUCCCUGCUGUUGCGCGCCGAGCCCUAUCCCACGUCGCGCUUCGGCAGCCAAUGCAUGCAGCCCAACAACAUCAUGGGUAUCGAGAACAUUUGCGAACUGGCCGCGAGGAUGCUCUUCAGCGCCGUCGAGUGGGCCCGGAACAUCCCCUUCUUCCCCGACCUGCAGAUCACGGACCAGGUGGCCCUGCUUCGCCUCACCUGGAGCGAGCUGUUUGUGUUGAAUGCGGCGCAGUGCUCCAUGCCCCUCCACGUCGCCCCGCUCCUGGCCGCCGCCGGCCUGCAUGCUUCGCCCAUGUCCGCCGACCGGGUGGUCGCCUUUAUGGACCACAUACGGAUCUUCCAAGAGCAGGUGGAGAAGCUCAAGGCGCUGCACGUUGACUCAGCCGAGUACAGCUGCCUCAAGGCCAUAGUCCUGUUCACCUCAGAUGCCUGUGGUCUCUCUGAUGUAGCCCAUGUGGAAAGCUUGCAGGAAAAGUCUCAGUGUGCUUUGGAAGAAUACGUUAGGAGCCAGUACCCCAACCAGCCGACGAGAUUCGGAAAGCUUUUGCUUCGCCUCCCUUCCCUCCGCACCGUCUCCUCCUCAGUCAUAGAGCAAUUGUUUUUCGUCCGUUUGGUAGGUAAAACCCCCAUCGAAACCCUCAUCCGGGAUAUGUUACUGUCCGGCAGCAGUUUUAACUGGCCGUAUAUGGCAAUUCAAUAAAUAAAUAAAAUAAGAAGGGGGAGUGAAACAGAGAAAGAAAAGGCAAAAGACUGGUUUGUUUGCUUAAUUUCCUUCUGUUAAGAAAGGAUAUAAAAGGAUGUUACAAGUUUGCUAAAAGAAGAGAGGGGAAGAAUUUAAUGGACUGUGAAUUUCAAAAAAAAAAAAAAGACUGUCAAAUGAACUUUUACAGAAUGCAUUAAAAAAAAACUCCUGUGUCGGUCAGAACAACUUGCUACUUAUCAUUUUUGUAUAAAAAGGAAAUUAGUCUUUUUCUUUUUUUGGUAAAUUUUUGAAAAAUAUUGCUAAAAGUGCAUUUAAGGAGAUUGGGAGACAAUUAGCAGAAUGGAGAAAGUAAGUCUUUUUUUUUUUCCAAAUUAUUAAUUGUCCUGUGUCUAUGUACCUCUAGCUGUUCUUUUUUGUACUUUUCUGGUUCCAAACCAGUUUAUUCUGUGGUUCUAUAAUAAGUUUUGAUAUAAUCUUGGCUUCUUAAAAACUGUGUAUCAUUAAAAUAUAUGUUCUGCAAGAAUUAAAACUGAGUCCAUGAAAAUAUCAUAGGAAGACAUAAAACUUUAAAAGGCAACUCAAAGAUGAUGGAAACGCACUUACAAGUGGUGACCAAAAUUUUUAGGUGAAGUUGAGCACUCUAAUUAGAGAACUGGAGGAACCACAUAUAACACUUAACUUCCCCUACCCUGCCCCUCCCCAAAAGAUACCAUGACAAACCUAGCUUUUAAAAAAUAUUUUAAGAAAGAGAAUGAACUGUGGAAUUUAUUGGCAGCCAAGGAAUGUGUCCAAGACACAUGCUGAGGUUUUGAAUAAAAAGUGAACUUUUGUAAUCUGAAUUGGGUCCCGCUUAGUUCUUGAAUUGUUAUGAAAAUCCUAUAUCUGUUUGUAUAUUUGCAAACCCUUUGUAUUAUAAUUGUUGAUAUUUUCCCUUUUUAAAAAAUACCAUUGAAAUCAGCAUGACAAAAAUAACACUGUUGGCACUUAUAGGUAACGUGAUUGAUUCAGUAUCUUAGAGUUUACAGUUUGUGUUUUAAAAAAACUGAAGGUUUUUUUUUAAGUGCAACAUUUCUGUAUACUGUAAAAGUUAUAAUAACUGAACUGUUUGGUCGAGUCUUUGUGUGUUAUAUUCCAAGGAAAAUUGAAAGUAUUCAGAAAUUAAAAUAUUAUUUGAUAUCUGAAA